UAUCGUAACUAACCCUACGAAAAGAAAAACUGAAAAAGUAAAAAGUAAACUAAACAUCGUUUGUAGAAGAGAAAAAGAGACGAUGGCCGUAGAAGAAGACACUCUCAAGUCUCCUCCUCCUCCUACGGAAGAAUCCACGAAAGAAUCCUCGGUUCCCACCGAAUCGCACCCGUUGGAGCAUUCGUGGACCUUCUGGUUCGAUAACCCUUCUGUUAAAUCCAAGCAGACGACUUGGGGAAGCUCCUUACGAUCCGUCUUCACCUUCUCCACCGUCGAGCAGUUCUGGAGUUUGUACAAUAACAUGAGGCAUCCGAGCAAGUUAAGUCACGGAGCUGACUUUUAUUGUUUCAAACACAAUAUCGAGCCUAAGUGGGAGGAUCCUAUCUGUGCCAACGGUGGCAAAUGGACUAUGAACUUCCCUAAAGACAAGUCUGAUCAGUCCUGGCUUUACACCCUAUGUUUGCUUGCAUUGAUUGGAGAACAGUUUGACCAUGGCGAUGAGAUCUGCGGAGCUGUUGUUAACAUUAGAGGAAAGCAAGAAAGGAUUUCCAUUUGGACCAAAAACUCUUCCAACGAACCUGCUCAGGUGAGCAUUGGGAGACAGUGGAAGGAGUUUCUUGAUUACAACAGCAGCAUUGGUUUCAUUAUCCAUGAGGAUGCGAAGAAGCUGGAUAGGAACGCCAAGAGCGCUUACACCGCUUGAGACCCCAACAACCUUUCAUAUCUUCGCACCCUUUCAGUACACACUUCUGUUCAGUUUUGCAGUGACAGUUUUUGAUGACUUGACAUUUGUCUUUGUUCUUGAGUGUUAGCUGUUCACAAGUCCAGCAUUUAGUGAUAGUUUUCCUAAAUCUGAUGGUGCCCUUUUUUUGUAUAAACCAGACUUGUCUACUUCUUUAAUUUUUAUCUCAAGUAGUUGACAAAAACAACUGAAGCCUUGUUGGCAAAAUCGCCUCA